CCAGGUCAAACUGCUGUUGAAACAUGGCGAAGCACUGGGGUGUCACUUCUUUUGUGGCACUAGCACUGCUAGCAUGCUUCGCUGGGAGGGAAGUAGAAGCUCAGGACAAAAAGAUUUCAAAUUCUCUCCCAAAGUCCGGUACACAAAGUAGCGCUGUUGCAUUAGCCGACGGCGGCCACGGCGGCGACGGCGGCCACGGAGGCUUCAUCGGCAGCGGCGGCGACGGCGGCGACGGGGGCACCGGCAGCUGGACCGGCAGCGGCGGGCGGCGGCCACGGCGGCCAUGGCGGCUUCAUCGGCAGCGGCGGCCACGGCGGAGACGGCGGAGACGCCUCCCACCCCUACCCCACCCCUACCCCCACCCCUACCCCCACCCCUACCCCCCCCACCCCCACUACCGCCCCUACCACCAUGAUCGGCAGCAGCAGCAGAACCCAACAAAUUCUCACCCAAAGUCCGGUACACAAAGUAGCGCUGUUGCAUUAGCCGACGGCGGCGACGGCGGCGACGGCGGCCACGGAGGCUUCAUCGGUAGCGGCGGCGGCGGCGGUGACGGGGGCACCGGCAGCUGGAUCGGCAGCGGCGGCCACGGCGGCCACGGCGGCCAUGGCGGCUUCAUCGGCAGCGGCGGCAGCGGCGGAGACGGCGGAGACGCCCUCUACGACCACCACCGCCACCACCAUGAUCGGCAGCAGCAGAACCCAACAAACUCACAGACGCCACUCGGACACAUUUUGCCAAACAAUCCUCCUGCCCAGAGUUGUGACGUGCCAAAAAACACGAGAAUCACAUGUGGACUUCCUGAUAUCUCUACUGAACACUGCAAAGAGAUAAACUGCUGCUCUGAUGGACGGCACUGCUUUUAUGGAAAGGCAGUGACCGUUCAGUGCACCAAGGAUGGCCAGUUCAUUGUCGUAGUGGCGAGAGAUGCCACUCUGCCCAACAUUGACCUCGAGUCAAUCUCACUCUUGAGCAAAGCUCCAGGCUGUACACAUGUUGACUCUAAUUCAGACUUUGCCAUCUAUAACUUUGGUGUUACCGCAUGUGGCACCGUUGUUUCGGAGGAGCCUGGUGUUAUAAUCUAUGAGAACAGAAUGUUCUCCUCAUAUGAAGUGGAUACCGGGCCUGUUGGAGUCAUUAGCAGAGACAGUCAAUAUGAUUUGAUCUUCCAGUGUCGGUACAUCGGCACCACUGUUCAAACUGUGGUUGUAGAAGUAUCACCGUUACUAGAUCCUCCUAUAUCAGUUGCUGCUGUGGGACCCAUCAGAGUAGAACUGAGGUUGGGUAAUGGACAGUGCAUUUCAAAGGGUUGUGUUGAAGAGGAAGUGGCCUAUGCUUCGUACUACACUGAUGCUGACUAUCCUGUCAGUAAAGUACUGAGGGACCCUGUGUACGUGGAGGUUCGACUCCUUGAGAAGACAGAUCCCAACCUUGUCCUGACUCUUGGUCGCUGUUGGGCAACCACAAGCCCCAACCCUCACACUCUGCCCCAGUGGGACAUUCUGACAGACGGGUGUCCAAGCAGGAACGAUAAAUACUUGUCUUCACUGGUUCCAGUCGGUUCCUCCUCUGGUCUGCUCUUCCCCAGUCACUACAGACGUUUCCUUUUCAAAAUGUUUACCUUUGUUGGCCAAACGUCAUCAAAGUCGACCAAAUCUCAACCCUUGAGGGAACAGGUGUACAUUCACUGCAGUACAGCAGUGUGCACUCCUGUAAUGGGAUACUCCUGUGAACCAAUGUGCUACAGAAAAAAGAGAGAUGUCAUGGAUGUGGCCCAGACAAGUUCUCAGCCAAAGGUCGUGGUUUCUGUAGGACCAGUGGACAUGGGUGCGUCUUGGCAGUAAACAGCAGUGUCAAACUCAAAUAUUUGUCCGAGAUCAUGAAGUAAAGGAUUUGCAUAUUACAGACUAUAUUGUAAUGAUUGCAAAAAGAUUACAACGUGUGCUGCAGGAAGAAUGAAAUUGAUCCCCGAAAGUAUUGUAGACACAAUUGUAUUAAAAUAUAUUGGCUUUGA